AUGAAAACUAUAACCACAGAAUCAUGGCAAUUAAAGUUUCGUAAUACUAUUUCACUUUAUUUUGAUGCAUGCUGUGUAAAUGCUCAAAAUGAACGUACAAAUAAUAUUCCUAAUUCCGUGGAUGCAUAUAUCAAGAUAAGAAGAAAUUCAGGAGCAGUAAUGACAAGUUUUAAUUUAAUCGAGCCCUUGCUUGGAAUUCAAGUUUCGUAUGAUAAUCAAGACUUGCAAAAUCUUAUGGAUAAUCUUAUGGAUUAUUGUAAUGAUCAUAUUUGUUUUACUAAUGAUCUUUACUCGCUCAAAAAAGAAUUAAUGGAAGGUGAAGUUGACAAUAUUAUUGUAGUUUUACGUCAACUGCAUCAAUAUUCUUUACAAGAGGCUAUUACUUAUACAAUAGAUUUAAUCAAUAAACGAAUAUAUUUGUAUUUAAUAAAUGUCUCAAUUUUAAUCAUUGCUUUAAUCAUUGCUAAUUGUUUACCAAUGCAACCUCCUAAUCCAUUGCCAAAGUAUAUAAUUUUUGGGAUGCUGAUAAUGGAAAAUCUUCUUUAG